AAGCGGUUGUGAUGGCAUUGAGAACCACGGGUGGUGAUGAAGCCGUAUUUCAGUCAUUGUACCGUGCUCGUGAAGUGUACUUAACUAGAAUACGAGAAAACACCACAGUUGAUCGGCUGGCUUCUUGGUUUUCUGAGUGUGCUAUAGCUGAAGCUCAGCCUUCAAAAGCCGAAUAUCUUCCAUGCAACCCGAACGGUCCAUCGGUUGCAUCAGAUGCACAUGGGACUUCUAUUCUUGCUGAAGCCGGCAGAAUGCAGAUCGUCCUGUAUGCAUUCUCCGAUGGACGCAGCUUCAUCUGUUUACAGUGCGGGGGUCUUGUUAGUAAUCAUCGCAAAGACGAGCACUACGCAUACUGGUGUGCCAAUAUGUGAUUUUUUUUCGAGGUACACCAAAUGUCGUUGAUAUGUUAGACUUUUGACGAUCAAUGGCAAAGCCGAAGUGCUUGAAUCAAAAGUGAAGCAAACUUUUUCCUUGCUAAGAGUGGUCUCAUCCAGACUCCAUUAAUGAAGCUUUUAUUACAGAAUAACAUGACAAGGUGAUCGAGUUAGCAAUGAUGUAAUCAAAUCAGUGUAUCCCAACUCUCAUUGUAUCAAAGUUUGAGAAAUGUUAUUUCCUCCCUAUCA